AUGGCGUCAGGAUCGGCUCUUGCGGAGCUCUGGCAGCCUACGACGCUGGUAUCGCAUCCAAGCCCGGUGCCUGCCGAGCUGGCACGUCAUGCCGCUCUUGCCGCAACGGCUUUCUCAACGACAAAGAAUUCCACUGUCUCUGUCGGCGAAUCCUACAAGAUCUCGUCGGAUUCCAGAGCUCUUCGCAGAGUGAAAGGUCCACUUCCGAUCAUCCUUGCUGGCAAUGCGCUUAACCUCGUCCAGCCAGAAAGUCAGAGACUCAUCCAGAGCUUUCCUCUCUCCUCGGCCGAGGUCGCUUCUUGCGCUCCUUUGACAUUGCUCCGCUCUAUCCCUGGUAGCCCUUGCCUGCGCACCACCUAUGUCGCCAUCCAGUCGCACACACCUGCCAAGUCGCGCACCGCCGCGGUCACUGCUACCCACCAACUACGCGCCUAUGUCGAGCAGCUCUCUGCCAAAGGUAAAGAGAGCGUCGAGGUCCACGUGAGGAAAGAAUCGCUCUCCCUCUCCCAACCAGUCCGCCUCAUCCAUGCCCUCGCUGACGGCCGUCUCGUCCUUACUCAUCCAGACGACAGCCUCUCCAUUCUUGCCUCAUUCCCCAUCAUAUCCGAUGACCAAGCUUCGAUCUCUGAUGCUCCUUCCACCGCCUUGCAGCUCAUCCACACCCUCGACGCAACUCAGUCUCAGCCCCAGCAGCAGCGAUGCCACUUGUACGUCAACCUCCUCGAUGCUCGUUCCGCCAAACAUCUCAUCGCCCGUAGCUCCAAAAUCGAACAGGCAGCUCUUCUUGCUUUGCGAGUCGCUGUCACCUCACACAGCAGCAUCACCGACGACCAUGCUAGCAGCAUCAGCAAGAAGAAGAAAAGGUCCAAACGCUCCAAGAACGACUCUAGCUCCAAAGACGGUCCUGUCGGUGAUGCAGACCAAGACGAAGCAGCGCUUGCUGGCAGCGCUACACCCGCACUUGGUGUACCAAGCGGUCCUUUAACCCUUGAACUCACUGCCUUUGUCAAGAGCUUUGACGGCGCUGUCCAAUCGGCCAUCUCCACGGUCAAGCUUGGCAGCAUCACGGUGCCAAGUGUGUCCAAUGCCAAGCAUGUGCUCGACGUGCAACUUCAUCCCCACGGUCGACUCGUUAUCUUGACCAUCCAUGGUCACCUUACAUCGCUCACCCUUGGCACUUGUAGCAGCAGCGAGCCUGUGCUCAGCAACAUCAAUACCAUCUCCAUGCCUGCCUUGGCUCCAGCCAGCAACGCCCGCCCUUGCUCAUCCUCAUCUGCCUCCGCCUCGUGCUGCUUGCUUAUCAGUAAAGACCAUCUUCUGGUCCUCGCUAUCGCACAAGCUACACCAGCUACUGCAGACAAGGAGCGUCUCGUCGCCCUCAUCCUCGAUCUCGAGCUCAACGCGGUCCUUCGACAGAUCGACUGGCCUGUCCCCUUCCUUCCCCUCACUAGUCAUAAUCCUGCUUCGAGCGGAUGGCUUCAGCGAAUGACGUCCAUUUCGGCAUCACGCAUUGCUGGCUCUACCAGCCUUAUCACCAUCGGCCCCCCCACUGUCUCCCCACCAUCCUCCCACAGCUCCUCCGACAAGGCUCAGGCAUUGGCACAGCUACUACAGCGCCGAACUUGUGUCCUUUCCUUACCUUUUGCUGUGCCAGAGAGGAGUGUACUGCGUGAUGCUCUCGGCAAGGGCGAAUUGACUUUACGAUGGAUUCACAAUGCCCAAGCAGCUGCUGCAGCCCAGGCUUCAUCAUCGUCCGACGCAAGCCGAAGCGAGCUUUUGGAGCAGAUCAAGACGAUCACUGCACAGAACAAGGCCAGGGCCUCGAGCAAGGACAAAGACAUGAAUGCGGCCAUCACAACUUAUAUCGAGGCAGCGACAGCCGACCGAGGCAUGCUUGAGACUCUCCCUUGGCCCCAAGCUGACACCAAGUUCUAUGGCGAAUUGCUCGACUUGGUGCUUCCUGCUCCAUCUCAACAUCCUAGCAAGCGCAGUUCUGCAGCUCCUUCCGCCCGCUUUUUCGAGCGGUCUGCACUGCUCACCCUUCUCAAGGAUUCUCGAGUUGACCCUUCGAUCUUUGCAACACUCCGGCCCAACGCCAACGCCAACGCCAACGCCAACGCCAAUGCCUCGGCUCUUGGCCCCGUCUCGGUUGAGGUCAACGGUGCCCGCUUGUCUGCGUUUUGGUCCAGGUUGGCAGCACACAACGACGCUCAAGUCAUACGUGCAGCACUCAAGCGCAUUCCUGAUGUUGGCGAGGACAGCUUGGUGUCGCUUGUCACAUCUGCAUUGCGAGGACUGGUGCAGAGCCGAAAGAGCGGCAAUGCUGAUCCUUUCAAGGCUGCCCAACAGUCCAUGGCCUUGCUGGCGCAGUUGGUGCAGCUUCGUGUCUCGAGACCGGCACUGCGAAGUGCGUUGAAAGUGCAAUUGCGUGAUCAUGUCGACCAGGUGAUGGCAUUGCUGCAGAUCUGCAAUGCAUGGAUCAGUCAAACGAUUCAGUUUCCUUUUCAAGCCAAAGAGAAGCCCGAGGUCAAGGAAACAGCCGUCAACGGUCAGGCCAAGGAUGAUGAUCGCUUUGCUCCUGCAAAAGCACCGAACGCCGAUGCGGUGAUCGCUUUCGCCAACGAUGUUCUGGAUGCCUUGUUCCCGCUGCUGCUUGUCACGCCUCGUUCCCACAGCACUGUGCGGUCAUUGUCAGCUACCAUCUCGCGCUACCUUGAGCUCAUGUCGACCCUCAGUCUGCUCAAUGCACCGCUCUCCGCCUUGGCCAAGCUGCAACAGGAGAACGACCUUUUCGCAGCCAAGGCAGCCAACGCAGCCAACGCAGCCAAGUACAAGCAGAGCAAGACGCAAGGAACAACAUUGUCAGCCAGCGGAGCAGUCGCUUCGGCAGGUAACGCCAAAGUAUCCCCUUUGAGCAGGAGAGAUACUUCUGCCCGAGCUGAGAUGGGAGGUGCAUUGGGACUCAAGUUGGGCACACAGGGAGAGCAAAAGACUCGACGAUUGCAGUUUUUGCAACAGAGCAUGUUGGUGGGCGCUUACAGUUUCGAGAGGAUGGAGGUCUGA